CUGGGGCGCGUCUCGUGGCCCCGUGAGGCGCAGUCGCGCGAGAGGCGCGGCGGCCAAUGUGCGCGCGGGCCCGGUGGCGCUGUGCCGGGGCCCGGGAUGAAGGAGGACAAGGAGAACGCCAGGCCCAAGGAGCGGCGAGGGCCGCCUGCUGCACCGGGAACACCGCUGGGAACUGGGACCGGGACCGGGGCCACCGCCGGCACCGAUGGCAGGACCGGCGGCGCCGAGCUCGACCGCCUGGAGCGGCCUAAGGACAAGAAGGAGACGCUCAGCAAGGUGGUGAUCCGGAGGCUGCCGCCCAGCCUGACGAAGGAGCAGCUGGAGGAGCAUCUCCAGCCCCUGCCCGAGCACGACUACUUCGAGUUCUUCGCCAACGACUCCAGCUUGUACCCUCACAUGUUCUCCAGAGCCUACAUCAACUUCAAAAACCAGGAAGACAUCGUCCUCUUCAGGGACCGCUUUGACGGCUACGUUUUCGUGGAUCACAAAGGUCAGGAAUAUGCUGCCAUAGUUGAGUUUGCACCUUUCCAAAAAGCUGCAAAAAAGAAGAGUAAGAAAAAGGAUGCCAAAACUGGAACUAUUGAAGAUGAUCCAGAGUACAAGAAGUUUUUGGAAAGUUACAGUGCAGAUGAUGAAAAAUUAACCUCCACUCCUGAAACUUUGUUGGAGGAAAUAGAGGCAAGAAACAAAGAGCUGAUUGCUAAAAAGACUACUCCUUUAUUGAACUUCUUGAAAAAUAAACAGAGACUGAGAGAAGAAAAAAGAGAGGAGAGGAGGAGGAGGGAACUGGAAAGAAAAAGACAAAGAGAAGAGGAAAGAAGAAAAUGGAAAGAGGAGGAGAGAAGAAAGAGAAAAGAAGCAGAAAAACUGAAGAAAGUAGACAGAUGCCCAGAAAAAGAAAGAGACAGAUCAAAAGAAGAACCAAAGAUUAAGCUACUUAAGAAGCCUGAAAAAGAUGAAAAAGACUUGGAGAGAAAAGAAAAAUCCAAGAAACUGGAAAAAGAAACUCUGAGGGAGGAAAAAAAUGCGAGUAGUGCAUCUGCCAAACGAUCUGAUGGGGAGACAAAAGAAGAGAAGGCAAAAAAAUCGGAAGAUGAGUGUGUAAAGGACUACAGGGACCGAGAUAGAGAUUUUGAAAGAGACAGAGAAUAUGAGAGAGCACAGAGGGAGAAACUGAGGCGCCAAGAAGAGGAGCGUCGGAGGCAGAGAGAGCGCUUUGAGAAAGAGAAGGUUUUUAGAAGAAAAGAGGAAGAGGUGAAAAAGGAGAGAGACUUACUGAGAGAAAAGGGAAAGAAAAGUGAUGUUACAGACUUUACCAGCAGCACGGACAAAUCUGAGAAAGUAACCAAAGACGAUAAAAAAGAGGAUACAAUCAAGAGGGAUCGUAUCAGAAACAAGGACCGUCCAGCAAUGCAGCUGUACCAGCCAGGAGCCCGGAGCCGCAGCAGACUGUGUCAGUAUGAGGACAGUGCUGCAAAGCCCACAGAGCAGGGAGCUGAGAAGAAACAAGAGAGUGAGAGCAGUAACAUGAAGGAGGAGGAGUGAGCAGCAUGCAAGCCUUAUGUGUUCUGACUGUCUGUGCAGCCAAAGAGCAUGUACUAAGCAACCCAGAAGUGCCUUGGAAGCGAAGAAGGAACCAAGGAAGCAGAGGGGGCAUGGUGCUGUUGGAUGUUUCUGGUUAAAGAACCUCAGUUGUAGAUUGGGCAUUUGAAAUGUGUUCUCAUUGUAUUUUCAGUUCUUUGAAUUUAUUUUCCCGGCCUCUUGACUACAACAGAGAAGAGAAUCUGUGCAAAGUAGAAAAGACUUUUAUGGCCUUCAGUCUGAUAACAAAUGAGUGGUGUGGUCAGGAGGAGGUGACACCCAGAGCUUUGCUGUAGAGCCACGGGAGCCAGAGUUCAAUGCACUUGAGCAAGAGCGAGCUUGGAGCUGCCCAGAGUGGACACAGGUGUUGCAGUGUUGUGUGGUGCUCCUGCCCCAGGCAGUGGUAGCUGAAUCCUGUCAGUCUGGCACCAGGCAGGUCAGAGGUGGGGUUGUGGAGGUGCCAGGAGCAGGAGAGGAGUCGCCUGGCACCCCAGAGGUGACCUUAGGGAGGAGAGACCUUUCCUCUCCAGUGGUUCUCUGGAUAAAGUAACUAAGUUGGAGUGUAUGAAUAAGCUGGCUUAAGAUUGGAAUACUUUUCUGACAAAAAUUCUCCUGUAAAGUCUGCCUACGUUGAAAUGCUUAUUUUUGAUGAAAUGUAGCUGGUUUCAGCAUCCCAUUCUUUUCCAGCACUCUCUGAAACAUUUCCUAACUGCUGCCCUCUCGGUUACCGCUUCAUCUUCCCUCAUAACUUGAAGUGUUGUUUUACAGCCCGGAAAGAGCCUUCACCAGUAGCAGCUCCUCCUUAAGCUAGCGAAUUUUAGCCAUAGGUCUUUUGUACUUCAAACCAUUAAUAAACUGGCAGAAACUGGU